AUGCUAUUUCCUGGACAAAAUGCUUUAGGUUUGACAUCGUCAUCUUCAAAACUGAUGGUUAUAUUAUGGCGAGUUGCGGCUGGUAUAUUUUUGCCGCUGAUUCCAACGCUGGCUGUUUUUGGAAAUGCUCUAGUUAUUAUUGCGGUUUUUCGGGAGAGAUCACUUCAGACUGUCACAAAUAUGUUGAUUGUUAGUUUGGCGGUUUCAGAUUUUAUGGUGAGUUUAGAGGGUGGACGGGGAGCGCUUUUGAAGGGUUCAGAAGGGUUCAAUAGGAUUCAGAAAAGUUCAGAAGACUUCAAAAAGUUUUAGGAGCCUUCAGAAGGCUACUAGAGGCUUCUGAAGGCUUUCAAAAGCUUCAGAAGACUUCCGGAGACUUCAGAGCGCUUCUGGAGACUUUCCAUGGCUUCAGAAAGUUUCUGGAGGCUUCAGAAGGCUUUUGGAAGAUUCAGAAGGCUUUGGGAGGCUUCUGGAGGAUUUUGGGAGCUUCAAAAAGUUUCAGAAUGCUUGACCCAAAUUUCUUGCUUAAAAUCGUCUACUAGAAUAAAAAAUUAAUAAUGAAAAAAUAAAACAUAUUUUCAUUUUCACUCAAUUUCUGGAAACCCACAUUAGGCUCUUGGGAUUCAAACUAGAGAGCGCUCAGCUCAGACUUGUUUUUUUUUCGUGUGUCGCUUUUUCUUCUGUGCAUUCUUUAUUCUGUGGGUGACGACUUAUUGAAUUUCCGGGUUUUUGAGAACGAAAAAUAUAUCUAUGUAGGCACUUUUCAACUGUCUGGGAAGAUUUGGAAAAUCCAAUUUGGUUUUUUUGCAGGUUGCAAUUGGUGUAAUGUCAUUUGGUGUAUAUUAUGAAUAUAAUAAUUUUAAAUGGGAACUUGGCACCUUUUUUCUGUCGAUUAUAUCAAUCAUUAGAUGUUGCUUGUUCAACAGCAUCGAUUUUAAAUCUUCUUGCAAUUUCACUUGAUCGAUAUAUUGCUAUAGGUCAUCCAAUUUCAUAUGCUCAAUAUGGUGCAAGAGGAGGCCGUGCUAUGAUUUCGAUCACAAUUGUUUGGGGCGUCUCAUGUGCUGUAGCGUUACCAUUGUUGUUUGGUGUGAAUCCGAUGGAAAAUGAGGUAAGUUGGGUGAUUUUUUCUAUUAGGUUUCUCACAUCACUCCCCUAAAAAAAGACGAUGAAUAAUUCAAGGUUUUGUAUGUGUGGUGUGUGUGUAAUAAUAACAUGUCACUUUUCUGGUCCACACACAAAAAGAGCAGCACUUUGAGCCUCAGCGCGAUAUAAUUGCUCGUUUUUUGGGGGACCAAUUUUCACCUCGAGAAAAAAAGAGAAGAAGAAAAGUAUUUGAAACAAUAGUGUGUGCUACUGUAACUGAACUUUGAUUUUCUUUGGGAAGUUUAUUUUUAGACGAAUACGGGAUUCAACUUUUUUUUCAAAAUUUCUGAAUCGAAGGGUCCCCUGAUCCACCAAUCAAUAAAUUUUCCAGGUAUGCGAACUUGCCAACCCCUACUUCAACCUAAUCUCAUCAAUCUUCUCAUUUUUUAUCCCAUGUAUAGCAAUGAUAAUUUUAUACACAAUUAUAUUUCGAAGACUCAGGCAGCGAGAAAGAGCACGGAGUUUGAGGCAGGCUCAAAAAUGUGAUAAUGAUAAGGUUUUUAUCUAAAAAAUAAUUAAUUAAUUAACUAAAUGUUUAGAUAUCAUCUGCUCUUCUGGGAGGCGCUCAUAUUGCUCGGCAAAUGGGAAAACAUUUCAAAAAUCGAACAGAUCAGAUUCUGCUAGAGAUCUCGUUUCAGACUUCAAGCUUUCCUACAAUGUCUGAAAGUUCUGAUGAUGGAUCUACAAUUUCACCAUUAAUCGCGUCAUUUAACAAUUUCACAGCAAAUAAUACCAAAAAGCAUGUUGCAAAUCCACUUUCAAAUAUCCCGGAAUGUGGGAGUAUGCCAAAUUUGGCUAUAAUUGAUCAGAAAGAUGAUGUGAUUCGAGAAGAAGCGGAAGACAAAGAAGAAGAGAUUCGAAAAAUAUCAUUGGCUGAUUUAGAUCUUCAAGGAACGAUUGAACUAUUAGAUUCACAAGUUAUGACAAGUUUUCGAUCUUUUGGAGAAGAGUUAGAAGAAGUUCUACCUUUUAUUGAUGGAUCAAAUAGUGUAAAACAUUCUAGAGAGCAAUUACAUCUAACUAGGUGAGCCUAAUAAAAUCUUGGUUUGAGCCUAAGCCUAAAGUUUUGUAGGUCAACAACUAGCACUACAAAAUUAUUGGAUGCGAAGCCGGAAAUUCGAAGUAUUAGUGUGCCAAGUGUUCAGGAUGAGAAAAAAUUAGCGCAAAUUCCAAAUGGAAAUAUCAAAUUAGUAAGUUUCUGAAAAUUCUUUCAAAAAAUCCGGGGGAUUUUCAAAUUCUCAAUGAAAAAUUCUAGAAAGCCCGGGAAAUAUCCUGAAAGUUCUGUGAGCUCUAGGGAUUUUUUAUUCAAUCCCAAGAGCAUUUUGAAAGCCCAGAAGGUCUAGAACUUUUUUUCAAAAAAAAAAGAAUGUUUCAGGCUCCAACUCCAGCUCCAAAUUUCGGAAUUCUAACCAAAAGUAAAUCAACAACAUUGCUCAAAACCAACGGAUAUCUAGAAAAUAACAACAACAAUAAUCUGAGCAAUAAAGAAGAUCUCAAAACCUUGACAAGCUUGCCAAUAACAUGCUCUUCCAAUCAGACAUCGAAGCAAAAAAGUGGGCAAGAAAUUGAAGAUUUUCAUUCAUUCAGCGAUUCGGUUCGAGUUUACAAAAAUCGAUUAUUCAAAAGUCUGAGCCGAGCAACAAGUGGAUGGUCAAAACCGCGACCAACUCGGCAUAUGGUUAAAAAGGCUACGAAACAAAUGAGAAGAGAGCACAAGGCUACAGUAACCCUUGCAGUUGUUUUGGCUGUUUUUCUGAUAUGUUGGCUACCAUUUUUUAUUCUUCAUUUGACUAAUUCGAUUUGUUUGAUUCGGGAUAGUUCGGAUGGUGGAUGUGUUGGAAUGUUACCUUUAUAUUUGGCCACUUGGUUGGGAUAGUGAGUGAUAUCCUUCUAAAGCCUUCUGAAGUCUUCUGAAGCCUUCUGAAGCCUCGUGGAAUCUUCAGAAGCCUCCCAAAGCCCUCGAAUACUAAAAAAUCCAAAUUUCCAGCAUCAACUCCUCUCUAAACCCCUUGAUCUACACAGUCUUCGAUCAACGUUUUCGAAAUGCGUUCCGAAAUAUCCUAUCAUGCGGUUUAGUGAAAAAACACUGA